AUGGAAAAGGCUAAGGUGGGAGACUUUAACACGCCACCAACAAACUUUGGAGAUGCAACCGAUCUAUCUAAUUUUCAAUAUGAUUUUGACAUUUCACAGGAGCAGUCUUUUCAGCCGCCUCAUAACAGUGACAAAAUCCCCACACAAGCGUCUUCCGCGAGUAGGCAUAGAGGAAGGUCUAUUAAAACACCCCUCAGCAGGACCGCUGUUAUGAAUAAGACCAAUUUUCCAUUGUCAGGAGGGGGUGAGUUCACACCUCUUCUCAGAAAUGCAACUAGAAAUAGCAUUUUGAAAAAUAGGAGAGAAAUCGCGGAACAGACACCGGCGUCUAUGAGGCCUGGCAGAUUAAGUAAUAUUCCUGAAGAUUUGAGUCCUAUACCAACUGGUACCUCGACAUAUGCAGAUUCUGCAAACGGAACAUAUUUAGCUAACACACCGAUACAACUCACUGAGAAUAGUAGCGCAGAUUCGACCCCAUUGGCUCUACAAUUGCAAAGAAAUGAAGGAUCUAAUCUGUUACAAGAUAGUAAACAGCUACCUCUUCGCGAGCAAUCGUCACACGUGGAAAAGAUAGAAAAGGAAAAUUUUGCACUUAAACUUAAAAUUCAUUUUCUCGAAGAAGUUCUAGAUAUGAAUGGGUUCGAAAACAGCGAAGCGGCAAUCAAAGAAAACACUGAACUUAAGGUUGACAAAAUCACAAUGCAAAAGGAAUUAAUUCGAUGCCGUAAGACACUUAACUCGGCUGAGAAAGAUAUAGAAUCUUACAGACAGCAGUUAAAUGACUUACAGGAAAAGAUUAAUGACAAAAACUCUCAUCAGGGGAGCCAUAAAAAAUCGAGCUCCACGCUAGGAGAUAUGGGAAAUUUGAAUGGAGGGCCCGAUCAGGAAAUAUCUAAAAACCAAGACACUGAACAAUUUCUUACCCUAAUUACUGAUCUCGAAGCAAGAUUAAAUGAAAAAGUCUCUGUUCUCGACGAUAGAGAAACACAAAUCAUAAAUUUAAAAGAAAAGCUUGAAAAGCAAGACUUUGAAUUACACAAGUCUAGGAUUGCGGCUGAGAACGCUCAGCGUCGAGUAGUCGAGUUAGAGGAAAAGCUAACAUCAAAUAAAGAUAUUGAAAUUUUAAAAGAGAAUAAUAAAAUUCUUAAGCAGAACCUAAAAGAAUCAGAAAAUGAAGUCGAGAACCUAAAACAAGAACGACAUGAAAUUUUACGGGAAAAAUGUCGAGCUGAGACAGAUUUAGAACACAUUCAGGAUGAAAUAGCUAACAAAUCGAUGAACACCAAGGGUUUAAGCAAGAAAAUGGAGCAGAAAAUAGAAAAUCUUCAAAACGAGCUUGAGAAUCUUCGUGAAGAACGAUCUGCCCAUGAAGCGAAUAUUGCCCAAAAGACUCGCGAAAGCCAGGAACUUAAAAACAAACUUGAGGAUCAUUACGGAGAAAGCAUCAAUCGAGAGCAGAGUCUAAAGGACACUGUAAAUGUACUUACUAAGGAGAAGACUCUAGUUGCUCAAGAACGGGACGCUUUAAUAGUUCAGUAUAAAUCAUGUCAGAAGGAUCUCCAGCUGUUGAUUGAAGAGAAGAAAUCACUACAAAAAGGACAUGAAAUCCUUACUAAUGAAUCAUAUUGCUUACAACGGGAUCUUGAUAGAUCUCGAAUUAAUGCUAAAGAGUGUGAAGAAAAUCUCAAAAAACUUGAAAUUAAGGCACAAAAUGAUCUAAAAGAUUUAAAAGUGAAAAAUAAUGCUGAAAUAGAGCGACUGAGUGAGGAACUCGAUAAUUUUAGAGUUAAACUUCAACAAAGAGAGAAUUUGCAUGAUGCGGACCAUGAAAAAUGGGAAAUUGAAAAGUGUAAUUCUCUUUCUCAAAUAGAGAAUUUACAAGAAAAGGCCAGUCAUCUGCAGAAGACAAUAGAAGAAUUACAGGGAACCGAAGGAACACUGUCCAGUAAAGAGUCUCAACUUCGCCAAGCUCUAAAGUCGGAAAUGGACCGAAAUCGUGAACAGGAAACCGCAUUAAACAAAAAGUUUAACGAGCUAGGCGCAGAUAUCCAAGCAAGACAACAAGCUAAUGUUGAUCUGAGAUCCGAACUUACUAAAUAUAAGGAAGAGCUUCGAUCAUGUCAAAGUGAGAAAAAUUCACUUGCUGAAAAGAUUGAGCUAUUGGAAGAUGAAGUUGAAGUUCUACAGACAAAUCUUGAUGAAGAGACAGAAGAAUUUAACAGGGAAAAAAAAUCUGCUAAGCUAGAGUCAGAUAAGCUCCGUCAACAAAUACAACUAAUAAAAGCGGACCUCGCAAACGCUGAGUCGGCAGCGCUCGACGCCAGGACAGAGAUGGAUAUGUAUCGGGAAAGCAUGAGGGCAAGUGACAGCAGCAAAGAACAAUUACAGUCUCGUUUGAGAGAACUCGAAGAACAGCUGACCCGUGCUCAACAAGAGAAAAACUCAAUUCAGGAUGAGCUGAGUAAAGUCAGAUCGGAGCUAUUCACAGUUAAAGGAAGUGUUGUGGACCUCGAGAACCAAAAUAGAGAUUUAAGUAAACAGGUAACUGCUCUAAGAAGACAAGGAACAAGUCCAACGCUCGACCAGGAAAGUAAAAAGGUUAGUAGUAAGAUGCAAAAUCCCCGAGGAGAUAAUCAACUUACCAUCGUCAAGCUUCAAGCAGCGUUAGAGCUGGAGAUAAAGAAUGCAGCUACAGAAAAAUCACGUUUGGAAAAUGAAAUUCGUUGUCUGCAGAAUAUUGUCAAAAACUCAUGUUAUCAGACCAAGCUUUUAGCCGCUGAUGACCAAACUCGGACAAUGGAUGAACGAACUCGGUUAGAAAAUGAAUCUAUCUUAAGUGAACUUAACGAUAAAGCCCAAGACGAUAUAUCAAUUUUAAGAAUGGAUCUCAAGGCGGCUCGCGAAAAAGAAGCUAGGUGUGCUCAGCGUGAAGCUACCCAGAAAACCCAAAUUAGAAGCCUUAAGAAGGAAAUCAUGGAGCUUGAGGGAAGGGUUCAUGAUGCCGAGAUGUUGCGUUUUGUAUCGUCUUCUCCCAAUGCGCAUAAUAGUGACUUGGAGCAGGUGGAUGAACUUGGUGUGAUCCGGGCCCAACUAGCUACCGCAAAUCAGGCUCUCAGGGAAACUCGUACUCAAUUGAAGAAUAUUGAGAAAGAGGCUCGUCGAAAACUUACAUCAGCUAACAUUAACUAUCAAGCUCGAAUUCAAGCUAUAGAGUCCGAAAAGGAUGAAGUUGAAAGUUCACUCAAUCGGAUACAAUUUGCUAAAGACGAGAUUGAGGUUAAGUAUACAGCUUCUGAGGCUACAAUAGCUCGGCUGCGAAGCAAAGUUGAGCGCCUCGAACAGGCACUUGACGCUGAGCGACAAAAUUCAGGAGAAGAUAGAACUAUCGUAUUGGAGCGGAAGGAUUUACACGAGAUGCUCCGCGAGUCUCAGGCACAAGUGGAAGCGCUCGAUAUUCGAGCGCGUAAGCAAGUUAACGCCCUAGCAGCUCUAACCACAUCUCAAAAGGAACUUAAAAGCCAACUUAAACAGGCCUACGAAGAGCGAAUGCAGUGGCAUAAACAAGCAACAGCCUAUCAAGAGCAAUUAGAAGAGGUGCAGCGAAGAUUCCAGGAAGCCCAGAAGACAUGGGUGAUAGAGCGUAAGAAUCUCAAUCGUGUUGUACGCUUUGCCAAUGUUUCUCCGACGCUAUCAAGUGAUUCAUCACUACUGGCCCUCACAUCGAAGUAUGAAGCACGCGAACAUCAUCAUGUCAAGGAAAUGCGUGGAAUCAGUCUUCAGCUGGAAUGGGCUAAUGCCAAAUGUCGUCGCGAAGAAUUCUUCCGCGCCGAAGCUGCUUUCGCAAAGCGAUUCAUGGCUAUGCAGAUUGCACUUUUCGAAGCCUGUAAUAAGGCUGAUAUUCAGCUCCUCGAAAGCUUUGGUAUCCAGCGACCACCGCCUCGGCCAAAGAAACCUGUUACGAUCAAGCGGAUGGGCAGCGUGAUACGUGCUAUUAUCCGAAUGAAGAAAAGCGCCGAACUAUGGGCGACUAAACGAAAAAUCGAUGACAAGAUAAAAGGUCAGGCAGAAAAACAGCAUCACUUACGACAGCAAGGGACAGCUUUAAGACCUCACAAGGUUUUAGCGGGAAACGGGAAAAAACUGAUAGGUUCGUAG